AUUUGAUCGUGAUUUAGCACUGAGAUUAAAGGAAUCGAUACUCGAAAAUAGGCAAUUUAAACUUCAGAUGAUAAUUGGGCGUUUGUGAAUUGUAUUUGCCAUGGUUGUAUCAAACUUAUUUUUUCCUCCCUUCAAUCAAGUAUUUGUGUGAAAUAUUUUGCGUGAAAACAAGUGGAAGCUUUUGUUAUCAAACUUUCUUAUCAUCUGACAUUGACAAAUGACGUUAGAUUUGCUUAACCCGGGAAAAGUUGAUUUUUAUUAAAAAAAAAAUAAAACUGUGUAUCCUAACUGAUAGUACUAUAUGUUAUUAUAAGCUAAAAAUGUAUAAUUAUCAGGGAGAUGAUGAUUCAAAAUUCAUACCCGAAGAGAAGAGCGAUAAAUUUGAUGACAAUAGUUUUAACAAGCGACUGCAAGUUUAUCAACAAUCCUUACAAAAUUCUUCAAAUCUAUCAUCUAAAAUCAUUCUUGAUUCAGUUUGGGAAACAAAACAAGAUUCUUUUAGUAAUGAAAGAGUGAAUAAAAUUCUAAAUAAUGCUCAAAGUCUUAUACAAUUUCCUGUAGCACAAAAUAUUAAAACAUGGAGAAGCUCACUAAGCAAAUUUACAGACCCAGUUAAGAUGACUCAAUGCAAGAAAUGCUCCACAUCACAAAACUACAUUGGUUUCAACAAAUUUGUCACAAAUGUAUGCAAAUGUGAUACAUGUUCACUUGAAGAUACUCAAAGCAACAGUAAACCAGAAGUAACAAGUAGAUCUACAAAUGAACAAAACAAAAUACAGAAAAGCAAUAGCAAUAAACAAAAAAAUAUGAAACCAAAUUUACCAAAACCAGCCAGCAAACCCAGUCAUUCAUAUUACAAUACUUUUAUAAACAAUACAGUAGAUUUAAAGACUGAUAUUAACACAAAAACGAAUUGGGAAUAUGGUACAAAUGAAAACGUCUGUCCUCAAAGUAAUUUAGACAGAGAAGAAGAAGAAAAUAAAGCUCAUAAAAGUAACAUUGCUAAAAUAACUUUCAAGACAGCUAGAGAAACAUUUCUUGCUUCAAAUCCUAACGCUAAAAGAGUACUUGGUGUAUCCAGGAAGACUCAGGGCAAAUUUGUUUCACCAAUGAUAGGUGCUCAAGAGAAACAAGAGAAGAAUGAAACAGUAGUAAAUGAUGACAGACUCAAACACAUUGAUAGCAAAAUGGUUGAAUUGAUUGAAAGUGAAAUCAUUGACAAGGGAACUCCAGUUGCAUGGGAGGACAUAGCUGGUCUCGAGUUGGCGAAAUCUGUUAUCCAAGAGGCGGUAGUAUGGCCACUGCUGCGCCCGGACAUAUUCACUGGCCUGCGACGUCCACCUAAAGGCAUCCUGUUGUUUGGACCUCCGGGCACUGGAAAGACUCUUAUAGGCAAAUGCAUAGCAGCACAGUGCCAUGCUACUUUCUUCAGUAUCUCAGCUUCCUCGCUGACCUCCAAAUGGCUCGGUGACGGCGAGAAGAUGGUGCGUGCACUCUUCGCUGUUGCUGCUUGCCAUCAGCCAGCAGUGAUAUUCAUAGACGAGAUUGACUCGCUGCUGACUCAACGGUGCGAUAGUGAGCACGAGGCCACUAGAAGGAUCAAGACUGAGUUUCUCGUGCAGUUCGAUGGAGCUGCCACUGGUGAAGAAGACCGUCUGCUCGUAGUAGGUGCUACCAAUCGCCCUCAGGAACUCGACGAGGCGGCGCGACGUCGUCUAGUUAAACGACUCUACAUACCCUUGCCUGAUGCAAAUGCACGUGAGCAGAUUAUAACCAAUCUUCUGAAUACCGAAAACAAUGACCUGACGCGUCAGGAUAUGGCGGAGAUCGCAGUGCUUACUGACGGAUACUCCGGAGCGGAUAUGAAGUCGCUUUGCUCCGAGGCAGCUAUGGGACCCAUUAGAUCUGUUCCUUUCUCACAGAUUAUCAACAUAGAUAGAGAUAAGGUCCGUCCAGUAAGUGUUCAAGAUUUUAAGAAUGCCCUACAGCGUGUCCGUCCCAGUGUAUCGCAGGAUGAUCUUGGACAGUAUGUCAAGUGGAACAAUACAUACGGACAAGGCUUUUAAACGCCUUAUUUAUUUGUUUAUUAAUAAUAAAUAGUUUAUAUGCUAAAUGUGUAGUUUACUUUUGUAAAUGGUAAAUUCUUUAAAAUAAUAAGUAAUUACAAACUCUUGGAUGUGCUAAUCUAUGUAAAAUUCAUCAUGACAUUGACGGAAAAUAUAAAAUGUCAACUGCCAAUGUGCAAUAAACUUAAAAGAGCGGCAAACGUUUUAAAUUACUUCUUGUUAUUAAUAUAAUAAUUAUUAAAU